AUGGCGUCUCCAUCCGCUCGCGCUGCGUCGUCCCCGGUCUCGGAUCUCCGCCACCAGCAGCAGGAGGCCCUGGGCAAGAUCUUGAGUCGUCGAUCCAUGCGAGUCUGGUCCUCCAAGUCGUCCCAGGAGCGGAGAAGUCUCGCCGAGAGUCUGCUGCAGCUCUUCUCGAGCGGAUCCUCGUCUUCUGCAGCUUCCAGCGCCGCUGAAAUUGCGCAAAGACCCAUCACACGUCGUCCAGGCGUGGAAGAGAUCAAGAACUGCGUUCUCUCGAGCGUGUACCCAUGUCUUCCGCCUCAAUGCGACCCUUUACGUGGCGAGAUCUGGCAAGUGCUAUUAAACGUGUACAAACGCAACCAGCACGGCUCUGCAGCACAGGAAUUCGACCGCAUGUUGCAAAGACUCGGGAAGCUUCCUAGAGACCCUUUACUCGGUGCAACAGGAACUGGGAGGUGCUGCUCAUGUGGUUCUUGA